CACCCCCUGCCCACAGCUGGGCCGUGGCUCCUGCUGCCCUCCCAUGGCAACAGAACAGACCAUGACGGGGUGGCCACGAGGGAAUGUUGGCCUCAGCCCUGCCUUUGGUUGCCACCAACAGAACUUGGCCCCCAGAGCUGCCAAAGCAGCCCUAUGACAUAACCCUUGGAAAUGACCACGUGCCAGCGAGGGGAUUUUGCCCUCAGCCAUGGCCAGGUGCCGCCCCUACAGCUUCCUUUUUUCCCUGAACCCCCCAGAGCAAAUUGACAGAGGAGCCAACAGCAGCUGGGGUGUGCCAGAUGUACUUUACGAUCCUCAAGACUUGAACAAUUUUUUGCCUAGAUCCAGAACGGUGUGGGAGCCCGCGCCGAGCACCGACCCCGCCCAGCCCGAGGGUUGCCCGGGGCCACCCGGGGACCUGCUGCAGCAGUGCCUGCGAGCCGCGGGCAUCACGGAGCAGCUGCUGGAGGCCGAGGCCAGGCGGGACCGGGGCAGCUCCCAGCCCCCGGUGGCCUCCCCCAGCGCCCAGCCCUCCGUGCAGCACCCGGGGCCGCUCCCCAGCCUCCCGCUGGCCGUGGGGCCAGCCCAGCUCGGGGGACAGCCGGUGACAGCCACCGCCCUGCCGGUGCCGCAGCUGCUGGUCCUGCAGCAGGUGCCGCAGAGGAUCAUCCUGCAGGUGAAGCAGCCGGGCCCCACCACCCUGGCCCUGCUGCCCAGCCCAGCCCCCUGUGUCCUGGGGAGCGGCCAGGGCCCGGGGCCACCAGCCCACAAAGCCAGUGGCCACCCCCAUCCCGGCAGCCUGUCGCCCCGCGGGCAGCAGCGCCCCGCAGCAGCGGCACCCCAGCACGGCGGCAUCCCCACGGGCAAGGCUGUGGGAGUCGAGCUGUGGCACGGGGAAAGCUUCUGGGGCCUGCAGCCGCACUGGGGGAAACUGGACUCGUUCGUUUCUUACUUUUAGUAAAACUCUUGGAGGAA